GAUCUUCGAUACUUCAAAUAAUUUCAAAAGAGAUUCGGUGUUUUCAUAGAAUUUACAGAUACUCUUUAAUUCCUUAAUGUUUCUUCAGUAGAUAUGUUCCGAAGUAAAGUAAAUACAUCAUGUUUGAACACGAUCAUGUUGCCACGAGCAGCUGUGGCUCCCUUGUGCACUCCUUUCGGCGUACUGCUACUACUGUCGCUGCGUCGGAAGCUUUGCGUAGUACAGAGACCGUCCGCCUGGCUGGCUCGCCUGCGUCGUUCUCAAUCUUCACUACGGCGGCAGCAACUUUCUCAUUUCUACGUAUACAUUCGUCGUGCCACGGCUUUCUGGCUAGCCACGGCUACUACUUACGGUGUACACGUCAUACGAAACGUACAUUCAAAUGUACGUGUUUUUGAUGAUCGACGAGUCGUGACUCGUGAUAGCACUACUGCUAGUCUUUCGGUAACGGUGAGCCGCGACGCGCACUCAUUUCCGGGUUUACAACAGUCGAGUUCGAUCGAGUAUGGCCCCAGUCGGUAGGUAAGCGUGGGUCUUGGGCCGGCCAACGGGGAAUGAAUUCGAGCUAACGGUACAUAGCCACCCGACGGUGGCCACACGUUAACUCGAAGCGCCGCGAUGCCAGGCCACUCUCCUGAAAACCACGAGCUGUGAAAGUAGACACCCUCCUUCUUCUUACGGAUCCCAGUUUUAUCUUGAAUGACCUCGUCUCACCGCCCUCGUCGAACGCAUUCUUGUUUUCCAGUUAGUAAAUAAAAAUAUGUUUAACCGCGAAAACUUACGCUGCUAUUAAUAUUCUAUCGGAGAAAUAUCAACUAUGGCGGCGGUUACGCGCGGAGUAUAUUGUGAGAGCGAGGGGAAAGCGGCGCGUGCGCGCUUGUCGAUUAAACAGUCAACUCUUAUGGUAUCGUUCUAUUUACAGGUAUUAUAAUUAUUUUUACAAUUUUAUAAGAAUCGCGAAUUUUCGAAAAAAAUUUACUACAGUGCAAAAAAACACCUGUCCGUUGUUCUGUUUUACUCUCAAUUACUUCGUUUCCUUUACCACUACAAAGCGACACUAACUCUGUGCGCACCUAGCGGAGACUGAAGUGAGGUUAGGUCGAGAAUCGAUAUUUUGAAGAUAUUUCGAUAGCCGCCAUAUUUUCAUGUUAUUGCGCGCGUUAUAUGAAGAAUUUAUUGUAAAGUCAUCAUC